AGUGCAGCAGUUUGGGGGCAGAAGAAAGUGUCCAGCGGCCCCGCCCCGCCCUUCGCUUCCCCUUUCUCCUCCCCCUCCCAUUUCCUGCUCCAGUCACUCGAGGGCGGGGCGGGGGGGGGGGGGGAGCUGCAACUUUGUAGUCACUUUGUAUCUCUUCGGACGCUACCUCCCGCCCGCGUCCAUCCUCGACGCGGCCGCUAGAGGGCGCCUGCCUCGGCCUGCGGCUGCGGCUCUCAGGCUGGGGUAGCUGGAGCUGUGGAGUCCCGGCGGCUGGCCGGUGUUGUUCCCGCGCUCUGGGGCCGGCCCCGCCGCGGCAUUCACGGCCCCUUGGGCCUCCCUGCGACAGUGGAACAGAACACAAAGGCGACGGCGGCUCCGUUUUCACAGCAGCUUCUGGCUUGUGUGUUCCAGGCUCUUUGGUGAGGAAGGAGAAGCCACAGGCAUGACGGGUCAGAGAGAGGCGCAGCCGAAGAUGAAUCUGGGCAGAGGCCCUUCUUGUUCCCCUCGCGAUGGAAAGCCGAGUCCUUCCUGAUGGGAAGGCCCCGGGGCCCCCCUCCUUCAUGAAGCUGCUCAAGGUGGACCGAGAGCUGCUGGUCACCCACAUCCGGAAUGUCCAGUGUCUGCUCGACAACUUGAUGGCCAAUGACUACUUCUCUAUGGAAGACGCCGAGAUCGUGGGGGCCUGCCCCACGCCGCCAGACAAGGUCCGGAAGAUGCUGGACCUGGUUCAGAGCAAAGGGGAGGAAGUGUGCGAGUACCUCCUGCACGUGCUGCAGCAGAUCCCGGACGCCUUCGUCGACCUGAAGCCGUGGCUGGCCGAGCGCGGCUUCUGGCCCUCGGAGCUGGUGCGCAGCAGAGUGGUUGUCAACACGGACCCAGUGAGCCGCUACACGCAGAAGAUGCGUUUGGAGUGGGGCCGGGACUCCAAGUUCAUCAAGUCCUACACUCAGAGGGAGGAGAUGCUGCUGGCAGACACCUACACGGAGCACAUCAUGGAGCUGGUGGACUUCCAUGACGCGGCGCUAGGUGGCGUCAGCAGCCUGGACUCGCUGCUGGCGGACUCGACGGGCGUCAUUAACGUGGAUGGGGAGACCGUGUUCGUGGUGGGCGACGCGGGCGUGGGCAAGUCGGUGCUGCUGCAGCAGCUGCAGAACUCGUGGGCGAGCAGCGAGCCUGGCGCAGGGCCCCGCUUCUUCUUCCCGUUCCGCUGCCGCACGUUUGGCUGCUUCCCUCCGGCGGCGGCGCUGAGCCUGCGGGAGCUGCUCUUCUCACACAGCUGCUGUCCCGAGCUCGAGCCCGACGCAGUGUUCGAAUUCCUGCUGCGCUUCCCUGCCACGGCGCUCUUCACCUUCGACGGCCUGGACGAGCUGCAGUCCGAUUUGGACCUGAGCCGGCUGCCCGACGUGGCGUCCCCGCUGCAGCCCGCGCCGCCAGUGGCGCUGCUGGCCAGCCUGCUGCGGGGCAAGCUGCUCCCGGGGGCGGGGAAAGUGCUGACCGCGCGCACGGGCGUGGAGCUGCCGCGAGCCCUGGUGCGCAAGAAAGUGCGGCUGCGGGGCUUCGGGCCGGAGCAGCUGCGCGCCUACACCAGGAAGGUCUUCCCGGAGCUGGCGGAGCAGCAGCGGGUGCUCAGCCAGCUGGACGCCAGCCCGCAGCUGAGCAGCCUGUGCUCGGUGCCCCUCUUCUGCUGGAUCAUCUUCCGCUGCCUCCGAGGCGGCCCCGGCCCGCAGCUGGCCACAGAGCUGCCGCUCACGCUCACUGACGUCUUCCUGCUGCUGGCCGAGGCCCACGUCAGCCGCACGAUGCCCAGCAGCCCCCUGCGGAGCGACCCUCAGCACAGCCAGGCCGAGACCUUCCACACAGGCCGGGGGCCACUCUGCGCCCUGGGCCGCCUGGCCUACUGGGGCCUGGCCAGGAACCGCUUCGUUUUCGGGCCGGAGCAGGUGGCCGCCUCCCAGCUGCCCGAGGGGGCCCUGCAGCUGGGCUUCCUCCGGCUUGUGCCCGAGCCCGGGCCCCUGGGACCCCAGGCCGCCUACGAGUUCCUGCACCUCACGCUGCAGGCCUUCUUCGCGGCCCUCUUCCUCGUGGCGGACGACAGCGUGGGCACCGCCAAGCUCCUGAGGUUCUUCGGGGAGGGCACGGCCAGGAGGGGCCUGCGGGGCCUCAGCUGCCUGGGCGGCUGCCACGGGGGCAAGAAGGACCCCUUCCGCAACAACGACCACUGCCAGUUCACCAACCUCUUCCUGUGCGGGCUGCUGUCCAAGGCCAAGCAGGAGCUGGUGCAGCACCUGGUGCCGCCCGCCACCCUGCGCAGGAAGCGGCGGGCGCUCUGGAGCCACCUGGCGGCCAGCCUGCGCUCCUACCUGAAGGGGCUGCCACGCACGCAGGCCGGAGACUUCCUGCAGGUGCAGGCCAUGCCCACCUUCAUCUGGAUGCUGCGCUACAUCUACGAGGCGCAGAGCCAGCGCGUGAGCCGCCUGGCUGCCAGGGGCAUCUGCGCCAACUACCUCAAGCUGGCCUACUGCAACACCUGCUCGGCCGACUGCAGCGCCCUGGCCUUCGUGCUGCACCACGUCCCCAAGCAGCUGGCCCUGGACCUGGACAACAACAACCUCUGCGACUACGGCGUCAAGGAGCUGCGCCCCUGCUUCGGCCGCCUCACGGUGAUCAGACUCAGCGUGAAUCGGAUAGCGGAUGCGGGCGCCAGGGUGCUCUCCGAGGAGCUCACCAAGUACAAGAUUGUGACCUUCUUGGGGUUGUACAAUAACCAGAUCACCGACGUGGGAGCCACCUAUGUGGCGAAGAUCCUCGAGGAGUGCCCCGGCCUCACCCACCUGAAGAUCGGCGCAAACCUCCUCACCAGCGAAGGAGGGAAGUGCCUGGCGGCGGCCCUUAAGAAGAGCCGCUCCAUCCUGGACAUCGGGAUGUGGGGCAACAAGAUAGGGGAUGAAGGGGCCAAGGCUUUCGCGGAUGCCCUGCGCGAUCACCCCAGCCUAGCCACCUUGAGUCUGGCCUUCAAUGGCAUCUCCACGGAAGGAGGCAAAAGCCUGGCCCAGGCCCUCCAGCAGAACAGCUCGAUGAAGAUAUUCUGGUUGACCAAAAAUAACCUGGAUGACGAAGCAGCAGAGAGCUUGGCAGAGAUGUUAGAAGUCAAUCAGACGCUGAAUGAUUUGUGGCUCAUUCAGAACCAGAUCACAGCCAAGGGGCUCUCACGCCUGGCAGAUGCUCUCCAGAAAAACUCAAGCAUCCUGGAUAUUUGCCUAAGUGGGAACCCAAUCAAGCCCGAAGAGGCCAAAGUUUUCCAGCACGACAAGCGGUUCCAUUUUUGAGGAAACGCGUGUCCAGGAGCCGUGCCGAGGCAGGCGGAGCCCAGGACCAGGAAGAGCUUCGCCGAGGGCCAGCGAGGACUCUGGCAAGAUGGCCGCCCACCGGUGCUCGGGGCCACCGCCAGGGACUUUCCCCUUUGAACAAUAGGAAAUUAUUUUUGUAUUUUAUUGCCCAGAAGAACCCAUUUCCUGGACUUUUCCCAGUUGUGUAGGCCCCCCAGGCUCCCGGGUGUGGCCAUCGUGUUUGUACAUAGCCAUUGACCCUGGUGUGCGCGUGCUGAGCGAAUAAAAGAAUUUAUUUUUCUAUGUUCCAGCCUGGUUCACACCAGAAGUGCCCGAGCCUUCCCCCGCCCUGAAAGCUGCCAGUGGGGAGGGCCCUGGGCUUGGAAGGCCUGAAUUCAAAUCCUGCCUGAGAGGCAUAUCCGCAGCGUGUCCCUGGGCAAGUCACUUCUCCGGGUCUCCGUUGCCUCAUCUGUAAAAUGGGGAUGACAAUAGAAUCUACCUCACAGGGCUUAUGAGGCACAAAUGAGAGGAUGGCCGUCACGUGCUCUGAACAUCUUGUGAUAUAGAAGUGCUUUUAAGACCGAAUAAUCGUAGAAAUGAGCAUCCCAAUAGCUCACAGCUUUCCAGGGGGAAGGAAUAAGCUGUUCUAUAGCACUUACUAUGUAUGAGCCAGGCCCCACGUGUGUGAGCACUUUCUGCAAAUAUCCCAUUUGGUCUUCAUAACAACCCUGGAGGUAGGUGCUGCUACUAACCCCAUUUUACAGAUAAGUAAACGGAGGCAGAUAGGGGAUAAGUGACUUGGCCAGGGUCACACAGCUGGGAAGUGUCCAAGGUUGAAUUUGAACUCGAGUCCAGGACCAGUGCUCUAGUCUCUGUGCCACCGACCUGCCCCUAGAAGUCAUCUAGUCCAGCCCCCUCAAUGUACAGAUGAGGACACGGAGGCCCAGGGAUGUGAUCUCCCCCUCGGUGCUAUCUCCUGGGGGCAGCGCUGUGGCUUUCGGGGCAAAAUGGGCUCAAUAAAGAAGUAUUUUACCAGA